AGACAUCUCACUUGUCCUCGAUGAAAUCGUUUCUUACCUCUCUCCUCGGGACCUAAGCCGUUGUGUUUGUGUCUCUAGAUCAUUUUGGUCCGCAUUCGUACCUUAUCUUUGGCGCAACAUCCAUCUUAGACUUGCUGCCCAGGAGAGACGCGACUUUGUCAGCUCGAACUCACCUUUUCUCCUUCAAUCGGAAACCACACCUGAUACACGUCGAGACCUAUAUCGAUAUUCCGUCCGAUCCAUCAAAUUGGCAGCCGCUCUACCAAUAUGGCUAAAUCAAGUUGAUGGCAACACUAUGAGCUCAUCCGCCUCGCAAUCAUUGAUACCACUCUCGCAUUUAUCUUUCUUCCCAAACCUUGUUCGCUUCAAGUUCCGGAACCAGAUGACUAGCAAUAAUCGGCUACAAACAGAGGAUAUAGCAAUUGUAGUAUCUCGGAUCCUGGCCUUCAUGACAGUCCACUCAACGCUUAAUGAAAUCGAGCUAUCAUACCUCAAAGUCGAUGCCGAUUUUAUACAGAAGUUUAGCGCGGUUAUGAGCAGCUUAUCAGGGCUUCAAAAACUUGUCUUGACGUUAACAGGCAGAAUCUCGCUUGCAGAUCACUUACAAAUACUUAAAGCUGGUCUACAGUUGGAAAAGCUCCAUGUGUCGGUUGACUCAUCCAUAUACGAAAACCAAGAGGUGGGACUGACAGAAUUGGAUAUGUAUAGGCAGCAGAUAGAACUGAUGAAAAGUGAGCAUGGCAGGAUCAAAGACUUGAGUCUCAACACAGAACUGUUUGAAAUAAUCAUAGCGGACUACUUGGCUCGAUGCCCAUUUCUGGAGCAGCUAGUUGUCCAUAGCCCUCCGACAGUAUCCUCUGCAGUGUAUCAGGAUAUCUCUAAUGUUAUCAAAACUCACUGCCCAAGAUUGAAGCACUUAGACAUUAGGACAGUAUUGAUGGGUGAAGUCCCACAAGCCAAAUUGAUCUUGGCUUGUUUGCCAUCAUCGGCCGCAUUGUACGAAGAGCGAUCAGGAUUAGAAUCAAUAGCCACUCGUCUCUACGGGUCAACUACAGAUAUAACAUUGAAUGCGAUGCUGGCACAUCAGACAACCUUAACAUCAGUGCGUAUCAGUCAAGGGAAAGGCAUUACUGCCACGGGACUGCAGCGAAUUACCACGAGUUGUACCCACUUGAAAUCGCUUGCUGUCAGACUGAUCUUUGGAGAUGCAAUCCCGAUCCUCAUGGACGGAAUAGCCAACACGCAGUGGGAAUGCACGAAGUUACGCUCCCUUUCAAUCUUAUUUGUUGAUAAUUGUACAAUUACAGGACGAGAGCCUGCUACGCAGUACCUGCAGUAUCUCUAUGGACAAAUCGGGACGAUGACGGAAUUAGAGACUCUCUCCUUCAGAAUGGGACAUGCUGGGUGGGUGCCCAUGCGACAUACCUUCAUUGACUGCCUGGGAAAGCUUUAUCAGUUGAGACAGCUUCGAGUGUUUGGGUUUCGCAAGGAAGAGGCUAGCAUGCUCAAGAAACACCAUAUAGAGGCCAUGCUCCAAAGUUGGCCAAAGCUAGAGCAACUGGCUGGUCUACUGGAAGACUUUCGAACGAAUAGCUUAGCGCAAUGGUUAAUAGAGUCCCGUCCAGACCUUGACCUCAGUGCACUGAAUGAUAGACUUGGAUAGCUUGCACACAUUUGUAAAUGAAAUAUAAUGGGC